CCUUACUUAUCGAUUUCCUCACAUCAAGCACACACAAACACAAAUACCAAGACCAAGACCAAGAGACCAACAGUAACACCUAACGAUCGAAUCACCAAUCUGAUUCUCAAUCCUACUUAACUCUGAUACAUGUCUCAACAAAACUACGAGCCAUGUUUCUCAUUCUCAGUUCCACCUGGCAAACCAACCGAUCCAGCUUAUGCAGAUCCUACUCCAAUCUUAUCAAAUCGUGAUAUCAAUUUCAAUCGUCAGAUCACAACUGCAGUUUCAAGUACAAGUGAACCAUCUACUUCAUCUCCAUUCGCAUUCUCAAUCUUAUCAGAAUCAUCAAAACAACCCAUCCCAACCCCAAAACAAAACCCAAAACUUAAACCGAACCUGAACCAUCGAAACUCAUUACCAAACCAACAUUCUUACCAACCACACCAUCCAAGUAGUCCAAAAGAUUCUAAAGACUUACAACCAAACGAAUCAAAACGAAUCAAACUAGAACCGAUUUGUUGGAACAGAUCGCUUGACAAUCAAGAAAGCUUACAUCAAACCACUACCAUUUCAAAUCAGUUAUGUUCUCCUACUCAUCCUCAUCCUCAUCCUCAUCCGAUCCAUCAUCAAUCUCAUCUACCAAACCAAAUCGAGUAUCAAAAACCGUUUUGUUUACAAGCUGUACCUACUCAACGAAAACGUCCCAGAAGAAGGUUUGAAGAAAUCGAAAGACUUUACGGAUGUCUUUAUCCAGGUUGUACAAAAGCUUAUGGAACCUUGAACCAUUUAAACGCACAUGUCUUAAUGCAAAAACAUGGAAAAAAACGACUUCCAGAAGAAUUUAAGGAGGUUAGAAGAGAGUGGAGGUUAAGGAAACGGUUUAAUGGGAAUAUUAAAGAUGAUAGAGGAACGGAUGAGUGUGAUUUGAAAGAUGAUGGUGAAACUUCAUGACCCAAUUAAGUUUCUUCAAAAGAUCAUCAACUAGGCUUUUUUUUGGUUUAACUAUCAGAUAUCAUGUAUGCGUAGAACAAUCAUUAAGACUUCUUGGUUUUGAUUUGGUUCUAUUAAACCUAGGAUUCAGUUCACUUGUAAGGUUUUGUUUUUCGGAUCGGUUUCGGUUUCGGAUUGUUUGGAGUUCGGUUUCGUAUAUAUAUUGGGUUAUUUUGAAUUUCCUAUCAUUUCGUUGUACGGGUUUACACGGUUGAUUUUUGUUUUGUUUUGUGUGAUUCGUUAUAAAAAGAGUGAGUAUUAUUUUAACAUAGCCAAGGAUUUAGUUUUUUUCUUCUUCAAAAAAUUGGUCUUUAUUAUAUCUUGUGUCUAUAAUGCUUCUUUUUAUAUUGUUAUUUUUGGACUUGUUUUUUUUUUGGUUUUUUUUGGUUUUUUGGUUUUUUGUAGAGUGUAGAAAUUCGAGAUACAGAAUUAGUAACAAUGUUCCUGAAGGUCUUUAUCACCUAAAGUGUGUUAAUAUAUCUCUUUACAUUUUUAAUUUUAUUGUCAUUUGAUGAAGUUCAUUAGUAUUGGAUUGAAUAGUUCUUGAACAGUCUUCAAAUUCUUUGGAUUAUUAUUAUACAUAUAUAUAUAUCUUGAAGGUUUAUUUUUAUUUUUUGU